AUGGUCGGGGUUCCCGGGCGCUCCAAAGGCUGCAACACGUGUAGAAAGCGGAAGAAGGGCUGCGACUUGCAACGACCCUCAUGUGGGCAGUGCCUGAAGGCAGGCUUAGAAUGUGCAGGAUACGAAAGGAAGCGCAUUUUCGUCAAUGUGACCAAGCCGCCAAUAGGCAAAGACUUCAUGGUGACGACGACCUUGGUGCCCAUAUCACCCGCGCUCAUUCAAACGCGCUCGUUAUCUCAGUCUGCCUUUGAGGAAAGGAUUUUCGACCUAUUCUGGGAUGGCUACAUGCCCGACGCUCCGAUAUGUAGUCCCAGAAGCCCCAUCAUGAGGUACUCCAACGCAGACUGGGCGACGACUGUGCGAGAUCUCUAUCGCACCGACGCCGCCUUGCGUCUAAGCUUACUGGCACUGAGCCUGGGUACGAUAGGCCGGCGGGACAAGCAGCAGUGGAUGAUCGACGAUGGCCUCAAGUUUUACUGCAAUGCCUUGACCGAGAUGAACGUUGCGCUUCGACACCCAAAGAGAUGGAAGUCAGAUGCAUUAAUGGUGACUUCGAGAAUCCUCGGCUUUUAUGAGUUACUGUAUGGUGCGGAUGAUCGAGAGCGACACGGUAUCUCACAGGCCGAAAGCUGGGAGGGCCAUUCUUUGGGGGAACUGGCCCUUGUGAUGCAACGGACUCCGAAGGCCCAUAUCGACGGCCAUGGACACCACUUGUAUGCUUCUGGGCGGCUUCACCUGGUCAUAUCUCACGUCAAGCGCAGACGAAGAUUUCCGUUGAGUCACCCUGCUUGGAAAACCAUUCCUUGGCAGAAUAAUCCCAAGACCCCAAAGGACAUUCUGAUCGACGUAUUCGUCGACAUUCCUGGGCUUCUGGAAGAUCUAGACCAAAUGAAUAAAUGCAAAGACACCGAGGAGAAGGAAUUCAGGCGCAACGCUCUCAUCAAAGAAUGUUGGCGAGUUGACGAAGAGCUGAAUUGGUGGCUCGAUAAUUUGAGCCCCAAGCAAGAACUUGAGGAACUUGCGACUCGAGGUCCCAAUAGUCCGACAGCCUGCGAUGUUGCCGUCGCUUCUAUCAUCACAUUGCACUGGACGAUUUGCAUCCUCACGUACAGCACCCUCCGUCUCGCUAUCGGUCCAAAAUCAUCGGAGCUGCCUGAGCGGAUGGAUCCCCGCCUCUACUGCACCAAGAUCGCCAACAUUGUCGACAUCUUUUUCCAUCCAUCUGCGGGGACUUUUGGGAUACAAUCAGCGCCGUUGCCAAUUGGCAUGGCUCUUGUUUACCUGAAUUCGUUCGAAGAAGGGUUUAACUCGGAGACGAAGUGGAAGCUAGUUAGCUUCUUUGGAAGGACAGCGAACAACGGAAUCAGCAUCGGAAAGUUUCUGGUGAGUACCCAGAGAGAUGGGCUCUCACCCAAGACUACCGUGGAAAUCUCACCUGAGGGUUUAAAGGCGAAGGCAAGAAGUUGGAUGGGUGUCGUAACUCGGGAGGGCCUGUCAGCACAUUCAUGCCAAAUGUCGGCUUCUCUUUGA